UUAUCAUCUUCCCUCAAGGAGAUAAACAAUUAUUGGAUAAUUUUGCUGGGAUCUUUGUUGUUUGUGAUGAUGAGAAGGCAGCGUGAUCAAGAUUCCAGGGUUUUCUACGAUCUAUCGGCUCUGGUUUUGAGCCUCCUUCGUUCUCCGCCUAUGCCGAUUUCUCUCCCCGAUCAGUUUCCGGAUUCCCCGGUUAGAAUUCGACCUCCGUCGCGUCGGUUUUCGUCGUCGAACGCGAUGACGCAUAUAACUCCGUCGGGCUUCGCUUCUCUGCUUCUCGGCAUAUCUGUAGCUCUUAUGCUCUGCGGAUCUGUGACUUUCUUCAUCGGCUUCCUCUUGAUGCCUUGGGUCCUGGCUCUCAUCAUGGUUUUCUACGUCGCCGGAAUCGUAUCCGCCAUCUCCAUGGCUGGGAGGUCAAUCCUCUGUUACGUCUUGACGCCUCCUCCUUCCUCCGGAAAGGGGAUCUCUGAAUGGAAGCUUUUGUGA